AUGCAGUUUUCUUCAUAUGUCAAACGGGGAGUUUUGAAAUUGGGGGAUAAACAAGAGUCAUAUCCUCUUAGUGUCCAGUUCUAUCUGCAGCCCCCUACUGAAAAUAUUUCUCUGAUGGAGUUUGAAAGUUUUGCAGUUGAUAGAUUAAAAUUACUCAAAACAGUUGAGAACUUGGGUGUGAGUUAUGUGAAAGGCAGUGAGUCUUACCAAGAAAAGCUACAGUCGGAACUUCGCCACCUUAAAUUUCCAUAUUAUGCUUUGAUUGAAGAUGAUUAUGAUGCAAGAAGAAAAGACCAUAUUUCUCAUUUUAUACUGCGCCUUGCCUACUGCCAAUCGGAGGAGCUUAAGAGAUGGUUUAUCCAACAAGAAAUGGACCUCUUCCGUUACAGAUUUAAUCAGCUAUCUCAUUCUUUAGUUGAAAGGUUUCUUCAGUAUGCUAACUUGGGGUAUGAUAUUCUUCCAGAAACUGAAAAGCUGAACAUGGCAGACAAACUAAUCAAUGCAACACCUGGAAUUGGUGUCAAUGAACUGAAAAAUAAUGUCUUCUAUAAG